UAUGAAGAGGAAUAUUAAUAAUGCAUGUGAUAUAAUUAGUUUUGCAUGUUAUAGGUUCGGAAAGACAGAUGCUUUAGCUAAAAGACAUACAUUUACAUGAUCAGUUCAUUCUGUGAUGAAUAUUUUCGGGCAAUUCCAGAUAUCUGUGUAUCUAUUGGUCAUCUGGAAAACCUUGAAGACUACCAGGUAGAACUUGCCAAGCCUGCUCUUCGGGGCCAUAAUACAUGUAUUGUAGCUCCUACUGGUUCAGGGAAAACGUAUGUUGCUGUUGCUGUAGCUCAGGAGGUCCUCAGGAAAUCACCAGGGAAAAAGGUCAUCUUUGUUGUAAAUCAGGUACCUCUUGUAUACAAGCGGAGUACAGUGUUCAAGAAAUACAUCAAAGAUGUGGCCUAUAUAUGUGGUGAUCAUGGCCAGCCUGAAAUAACACGCCUCCCUCUAGAUGAAGUCUUGAGGAAGAACGAUGUAGUGGUUCUAACAGCACAGAUACUUGUAGAUGCCUUGACCAAGGGACAGGUGUCAUUCAACCAAAUAGGACUUAUCGUCCUAGAUGAGUGCCAUGAGACAAAGAAAGAGAGUCAAUACAAUGCUAUCAUGGCAAAGUACAUGGAGCAAAAACUGACAAAUAAGGAACCACUUCCUCAGAUUCUUGGCAUGACAGCAUCUCUAGGAGUAGGUAACGCACGUUCUGACAAGAAUGCCAUUCAAUACAUGCUCAAGAUGUGUGCUAACAUGGAUGUAGUGAAGUUAUCCACUGUUCAGAAACAUAAAGAGAGCUUGGAAAAGGUUGUCAACGAGCCUGAUGAAGGAUUGCAUGUAGUGACAAGCAGAACCGAGGAUUCAUUUGCAGAAGAAAUACAGGAUCUUAUGUAUCAGGUCUUCAAGUAUAUCAACUCAAGCACAGGAAGCUCUGUUCUCAACACUACGGUUGAAAAGCUUUCCAGUCUCCGAAGCAGUAACCAUUCCAGAGAGAACUUCAGCCAUGUUCUGUGCACGCUGAAGAAAGAGAUAAUAGAGAAUUUUCAAUCAAGUGAUUUACAGCUCAGUCUCAUGACAUGUGCACAAUAUCUAAAGGAAUACAGCAGUGCACUUGCCAUUCAUGAAACAGCUCGGACCAAGGAUGCUUUAGAAUAUCUCCAAGAAUUCAUCAGAGAAAAGAGCAAUAAAGCUGCCACCUCGAACACAGAGAAAAUGCUCAUUCGAACGUUCCAAGACAAGCAACAAGAACUGGAGAGAAUUUCAAUGAGUCCUAAAUCACCAAAUAACCCAGCUCUUGACGAGCUUCAGAGCCUGAUAGAAGGAGACAUAGUGAAAUGUCGGACCCAGGAGAAUAAUGGUCCAUUCCGAGCUAUCCUCUUCACUCAGACCAUCGCAUCUACAUGGGCUCUCAAGAAUUGGGUCAUGGAGACAGAUUCCCUCAAAGAUCUUCAUCCAGAGGUGUUAGUUGGCUGCAGAAACCCAGGCAUGAACUUACGUCAUCAGAAAGAUGUCCUAGACAACUUUCGUGAUGGUGUACACAAGCUGCUCAUAGCAACCUCGGUCAUGCAACAAGGCAUUGAUAUCCCAGCAUGCAACUUUGUCUACAGGUACAACUACAUCACUGAUGCUGUUGCACGUAUUCAAGCCAGAGGCCGAACGCGUAAACCAGGAGGUCGCUUUGAUCUGGUAGUUCAUGAUUACAGAGGACUGGAUGGGAAAGAUAAACUAAGUAAGGAACAGGAACAGAUCAUGCAACGAGCUACUGAUGCAGUUUCAUCACUUUCUAUUGAGCAGAUGAAACGUGGGACUGCUGAAUACCAGCAACAGCGCAAUGUACAGAUCUUCAACCAACAGCAACCCAAACCAUUUGAUGAGUGCAACCACAGUUACCAUUGUAAGCAUUGUGAUGCUCUAGUUUGCCAUUCAGCUGAUAUCAGGAUUGUACCUGGUGGUCAUCAUGUGGUCAUCCAUCGGCAAAUAUUCAGCAAGAUCAGGAUUGUGGCUUCAGGAGGAGUCGGUCAAGAUCCAGGACACUGGUCAUCCGUUGAACAUGCCAAGAAAGAAAUCAGAUGUGCGGAUGAGCGAUGUGACACCAAGCUUGGUAGCAUUUUAAAGUGCAGCAAUCGGAUGCUACUUGCAUUCUCCAUCAAGACAUUAAGACUCAGAAACACAGCAAGCACGACCAAGACCUACAAGAGUUGGGGUUCACUGCCAUUCAUCUUCCAUAAAGAACUAGUGACAGAGGCUAGCUUUGAAUUUAAUGACAUCCCUGGCACCGUGGCACAGUGUGAGUGAAUCUAUCGAGAGGAGGGGGGGGGGCAUUCUCACUCGUAAUUGAAUUGUGAAUUUACAAGGCUAGUUAUUAGGAGGGUCCAUUAUUUGAGGAAUCUUCUUUUCUUGUACUUUUCC